AUGAGGAGUCCAAUGCCUUAUGGUGAAGUGGAAGCGGAAGCCUUGGGUCAUGGAGAGAAACUGAUGAGUGAGCCCUCCUACAAGCGACUGAAGCCCACCGAAGGGGCUUACGCUGUCUCCCACUGUGGUGUGGCCGACUUUCACAGACCCCAAGAGCAGCCUGGGCGCGGCUGGGCCCAUGUGGCCGACGUGGACUUCAGAGGAAGUAGCCAUCCUCCCGAGGACAGCCAUAGAACAACAGAUGAGCCGAAAGCUGUGUGUGGUGUGAAGCCUGGAAGCCAGCCAUGUGCUCCGGAAUGCACUGGUCCGCAGCUUCCUGCUGAGGCCCGCCAGCCAGCGACACCCACGGACGACGGCAUCUACAGCACUAGUAAAGCCUUCAUAGGCCCCAUUUACCAGCCCCCCGAGAAGAAGAAAGGCCAUGAGAGGAGGAAUCCCGCAGAUGCCAGCAGGGCUGUCAAUGGCAAAGGAGGGCGAGAGGAGCCACCCAUGCCCAAGCCCCAGAAAUCAGAGAUCGACAAUGAAUUAUUCCAGUUUUACAAAGAAAUUGAAGAGCUUGAGAAGGAGACAGAUGAGUUGGAAAGCAGCAGCUGUCCGGUGCCCAGCCCCUGUCCAGCACCACUUACUCCUUAUUACCAGGCCUACCCAAACAGUCUUUUCAGAGUGGAUGAGGGACCCCUUAGUGACGCUCUGCAGGCCCAGGCUGGGUACCAGGAGGACUUGGGCAAUGAGCCGGGCAGAUAUCCCUCUGGUGGACAGAUUGUCCCUCCGUUCUGUGGUCUUCCAUUUGCUCCCUUCAGACCUGAGUGGCGAGCAGUGCCUCCUUUUGUACCCCCACCUUGCCCUCCUCCUCCUCUGCUUCCUCCCCCCAACUUUAGCUAUCACUUAAACAUCCAGCGAUUUCAGCCUCCACCAAAGCCACCACCACAUUUGUUCCAGGUCCAAGAGAACUCUCAGCCACGAAACGAGUUUUAUGGCAACACUUGUCCUGUUAACUGGGGCGCCCUGCCCACUGAUCAAAGCAGUAAAUACACUGACUGUCGUCCCUGUGGAAGCGAUCUUGGUGUGCAAGAUGGUCGUGUACAUAACGGUUUCUGUGAAAUCCGACAAGAGUGCUGGGGAGGCGGUUCCGGGAACCAGUGUCACGCGAUUGGCGUGUUUAUGAAGCAGCAGUCUCCGGAGGAAAAGCUGCAGAAGUUACAGAAGUUACUGAUCCUUUUAAGAGGCCUGCCUGGUUCUGGAAAAACAACCUUGUCUCGGUAA